GGUCUCCCCCCUACUCUGCCGGAGUGGUACCGCCCCCCUUCCCGGCGCGCACUGCGGCAUGGCGGCGGGCCGGCUCGGGGGCAGCUCCUGGCUGCGGGCGGUAUCGCUGAGCGGGCGGUGCUGCUUAACGGGAGGAAGGCGAGAGCGCUACCGGUGCUCUUCUAGUAGUACGGCUCUUGGGAAGACUGUGGAAAAUUCAGAAGUUACUCAAGAGGAAAUUGUGCUCCCCCGAAAGAAAACCUGGGAUAAGCUAGCAGUUCUUCAGACAUUGGCUUCUACUGUGAACAGGGAUCCUACUGCUGCUCAUUAUGCGUUCCAUGAUGACCCUUUCCUUAUGCCAAAAAAUGCAGCCAAUGCUCGUCUAUUUUUAUUGUCAAAGGAGUCUGGGAGAAAUGCUGCAAAAUACAUUAUUAAGCAAUUUCCUCAAUAUUUUGACAAGACUUUUGCAGAGCCCAACAUACCGUGCUUGAUGCCUGAGAUUCUUACGCCUCAGAUUGAAGGAGUGAGUGAGGAAGCUCUAAAAGAGCGUAUCCACCUCCGAAAGGUGAAAGAGUCUGUGGACCUGUAUGAUCAGCUUGUACAAGCAGGUACUCCUGUAUCUCUGGAGACCACAAACAGCCUUUUAGAUUUGUUAUGCUUCUAUGGAGAUGGAGAAUUUACUCCAGAAAAAGAAGAAGAAGAAAUUGAGGAUUUGGAAGAACCAGAGGGGAACGCUUCAGAGCAGAAAGCUCCAAAGAGGCCAUUCCAAAGAGGUUCACAGUCAUCUGGCUCUAGAUGGAGGGAGAACAACAAUGCUGAAAGAAUAUUUAAGAUAAUGCCAGAGAAGAAUGCACACUCCUAUUGCACAAUGAUCCGUGGGAUGGUGAAGCAUGGGGCUUCUGCUAAAGCUUAUGACAUGUACAUAGACUUGCUGAAUGAAAGACACAAAGCUGAUGUACACACCUUCAAUGCACUGAUUGCAGUAGUCCCGUAUCUAAAGGAGAGGUUCUUGGAGAGAUGGGAAUUAGCCAAGGUCUUCCUGAAUCACAUGGCUCAACAGAAAGUGCAACCAAAUCUGCUCACUUUUAAUGCUUUACUGAAGACUCUGAGAAGAUGUGGUGGUGUAGGCAGAAGUAUGUCUUUAUCGGUAAUAAAGGAAAUGGAAGCACUUGAUAUAGAGCCCAGCCUUGCAACGUAUAAUCAUCUUCUCUCUAUAUUGUAUAAAGGCGUUGAUCUUCACUCAUCAGGCAUCAUCUCUGAAGUGAUAGAUGACGUUGGAAAGAGAAGUUUCACUCCCCAGGACCCUGAUGAUGCCAACUUUUUCCCCACUGCUAUGCAAGCGUGCUGUGAUCUUAAGGAUAUCAAGCUUGCCUAUAAGUUAAAUAAGGCGCUGGAGAAGGGAGACAACUGGAAAUUCUUGGACAUGGAUCGGUUAAACACCUACUGGUCAAAAUUCUUUUCAUUGUUGUGUAUGAUGGAACAAAUCGAUGUUGUGUUGAAAUGGUACAAGGAAAUGUCCUGUUCGCUCUUCUAUCCAACUCCAAAAAAUAUAUUGGACCUUCUUCAAGCACUGGAUGCAGCCAACCACUUGGAAGUCAUCCCUUCAGUGUGGGAAGAUGUGAAACAUUUGGGGUUUAAUAGGAGACAUGACGUGUUGGAAGAGCUCUUGUCUUUGAUGAGCAGGGAUCAGCACCCCAAGGAGAUUCAAGUGGCGUUUGCCAGCUGUGCUGAAGACAUCAAAGCUGUCCACGAGCAAAGCGGGAGGGAGCAGUUCCCCUUGGAAUGGACCAGCAGCACGCUGGGCCACGUCGCUGUCUUGUUUUCCAGGGCUGGGAGAACCCAGGACGCUUGGAAUAUGAUGGAGCGUUUCCAGCAAAUCAAUAGGAUUCCCACUGACCAGGUGAUGGAUGAGUUCUUGAACUGUGCUAAACAAACCAAUUGCCCAGAUGAGGCGAUUAAGCUGGUGAAGCUGGCAGCGGCCCUCGGUCUGCCUUCAUCUCAACGUCUUAAAAGCAGAACGGAGAAGGAAUUUGAACUCUCUGAAAAGCAGAGGAAGACAUUGGAGAGUAUCGAGUCAGACAGCGACAGCAGUGACAGUGACAGCGACAGUGACCGCGACUGACUGCGCCUCCUGCCUCCCUCGCGGCAGAACGGGAGCAGCGGCUGCCGGGAGGUGUCUGAGGAGCGAGAUCACCCGUGGGCUGGCACUGCCGAGCGCUGCAGGAGCUGCUUGGCAAGAGUACGUUGUCCUUGGUGGAGCAAGGCACAGGCUGUCCUGUUGUAUCUUGGUAACUACAAACACAGCGUGGGCUGCACCAACACAGCCCGGCUGAGGUGCUGCGGGAACGCUGCUGCCACAGGCUGCUCAGCACCUUCCAGGAUUUGACACCUUGAGCAAGACUUCCUGGGACUUAAACCUGCGCCGGAUUUAAUUCCUUUCCAGCCAACUUUCAUGAACUACUUAAAUAUCAAGUUUACUCUGUAUGUAAACACUGUAAGUAAUGCAGUACUCAUCACCUGUGGGUAUUCCUCAUCCUUUUUGGUGUUUCAGGACAGGCUUUGGACUGUAAAUGUUAAAAAGCUACAAUUUGUACAGCUGGAGACUAUUUAAUAAACAGCUGACACUAAA